AUGUCCCAAGAUCUUGAUCAAUUAGCUAUUAGUACUAUCCGUUUGUUAUCGGUAGAUUCAGUCGAUAAGGCCCAAUCUGGUCACCCUGGUGCUCCAUUAGGUUUGGCUCCAGCAGCCCACGCUGUGUGGCAAAAAAUGAAGUUCAACCCAAAGGACACCAAUUGGAUCAACAGAGAUAGAUUUAUCUUAUCCAAUGGUCAUGCCUGUGCUUUAUUAUACUCCUUAUUGGUGUUGUACGGUUACGAUUUGACUGUUGAAGACUUGAAGCAAUUCAGACAAUUGAACUCCAAGACUCCAGGUCACCCUGAAGCUUUGGAUGUUCCAGGGUGUGAAGUGACCACUGGUCCAUUAGGUCAAGGUAUUUCCAAUGCUGUUGGUUUGGCCAUGGCCCAAAAGCAAUUUGGUGCUACCUACAACAAGCCAGACCACAAGAUCUCCGACAGUUACACUUAUGCUUUCUUAGGUGACGGUUGUUUGAUGGAAGGUGUUGCUUCUGAAACCUGUUCUUUAGCCGGUCACUUGCAAUUGAAUAACUUGAUUGCUUUCUGGGAUGAUAACCAUAUCUCUAUUGAUGGUAACACUAAUGUUGCUUUCACCGAAGAUGUUAUGCUCAGAUUCAAGGCUUACGGAUGGCACUUAAUUGAAAUCGCCGAGGGUGACACUGACUUGGAUGCCAUUGCUAAGGCUAUCGAUGAAGCUAAGAAGGUUGAAGACAAGCCAACUUUGAUCAGAUUAACCACCACAAUUGGUUUCGGUUCUUUAGCACAAGGUACCCACGGUGUCCACGGUGCUCCAUUGAAGGCUGAUGACAUCAAGCAAUUGAAGGAAAGUAUGGGCUUCAACCCAGAAGAAACCUUCGUUAUUCCAAAGGAAGUUACCGACUACUUGAAGAAACACGUUGAAGAAAACCAAAAGGUCCAAGAAGACUGGAAGAAGUUAUUUGAAUCAUACAAGCAAAAGUACCCAGAAUUAGGUGCUGAAUUGCAACGUCGUCUUGACGGUAAGUUACCAGAAAACUGGUCCGACGCUUUGCCAACCUACUCUCCUUCUGACAGCGCUGUUGCUACCAGAAAGUUAUCCGAAACUGUAUUAACCAAAAUCUUACCAGUUAUUCCUGAAAUUAUCGGUGGUUCUGCUGAUUUGACUGGUUCUAACUUAACCAGAGCCGCUGGUUCUGUUGAUUUUCAACCACCUGCCACUGGCUUAGGUGACUAUUCUGGUAGAUACAUCAGAUACGGUGUUAGAGAACACGGUAUGGGUGCUAUCAUGAACGGUAUUGCUGCAUUCGGUGCCAACUACAAGAACUACGGUGGUACUUUCUUGAACUUCGUUUCCUAUGGUGCUGGUGCCGUCAGAUUGUCUGCUUUAUCUCACCAUCCAGUUAUCUGGGUUGCUACCCACGAUUCCAUCGGUUUAGGUGAAGAUGGUCCAACCCAUCAACCUAUCGAAACUUUAGCUCACCUCAGAGCUAUUCCAAACUUAUCUGUCUGGAGACCAGCUGAUGGUAAUGAAACUUCUGCUGCUUACUUACAAGCUAUUGAAUCUACUUCUACUCCUUCAAUUAUUGCUUUAACUAGACAAAACUUACCUCAAUUAGAAGGUUCAUCUAUUGAAAAGGCUGCUAAGGGUGGUUACACUUUAGUUAAGCAAGAUAAGCCAGAUGUCAUCAUUGUCUCUUCCGGUUCCGAAGUCUCUAUUUCUGCUGAUGCUGCUAAGAAAUUAGAAUCUGAAGGUUUCAAGGCUGGUGUUGUCUCCAUGCCAGAUUUCUUAACCUUCGAUAAGCAACCAUUAGACUACCGUUUAUCUGUUUUACCAGAUGGUGUCCCAAUCAUGUCCGUCGAAGUUAUGUCCUCGUUCGGAUGGUCUAAAUACUCUCAUGAACAAUUUGGUUUGAACAGAUUCGGUGCUUCCGGUAAGGGUCCAGAAAUUUACAAAUUCUUCGAAUUCACCCCAGAAGGUGUUGCUGAUAGAGCCGCCAAGACUAUUCAAUUUUACAAGGGUAAGCCAUUAUUAUCUCCAUUAAACAGAGCUUUUUAA